AUGUCAUUAUGCCGUGAAUUCACAAUUUUCUUCGGUUCAGGAUCGAACUCGUCCUACUACGAACCGCAGUACGGCGAACGUCGCCCGUUGUUCAGUCCAUGUCAGGGUCCUGGCUAUCACGAGCCUUAUUACCGUAGCAUGGCGACGACUCAACCCGAGCCAGGUCCGAGCAUAGCAAAUGGGCCAGCUUAUCCCAUUGGAGUUCAACCGCAUCGGAAUCCGUUUGCAGUCCAGAGACAACAACCAUCUCGAACGAACUCUGAAGAGGACGGUAUUAACUGCUCGCCGUGCUGUGAUAACGAGAACGUAAGGUGA